AUGGGAGAUUUGGCCCCUGAGGACCUGGAGGAUGAAGAAGUGGCUGACGCCUUUGCCACGAUUGCUCAACAUCGUGGACAGCAGUUCAAGAAGCGCUUCAUCAAGAGGCCUCCAACUUCGAGCAGUGCCAGCCCUAGCCAGCAGAGCUUUCCUUUCAAAGCCCAAGGCGAUUUGACGUUUGAUCAACGUGCCAAAGAUCAACGACGCGCUGCAGUGAGCUUUUUGAAGUCUGUCACCCAGUGCACCGCCUGCGGCAUGAAGGGACACUGGGUCGGUGACCCUGCCUGUGCCAAGUCCCCCAAGAAAGGCAACUCCAAAGGUGGCCGUGGUAAGGGUUCUGGAAAGCCCCAUGCCAAGAAGUCAUCAAGCCCAAAGAAGAGUAGCUCAGCGUUCUUUGUGCUCUCUGACCGCAUUGAGAGCGACGACGAGCGCCAGACCAAUCCCAACGACGUUGUUGCAGGUUCCGAGACUCUUGUGAAUGUCAAGGCCCUUGAGACGUUUGCAGCUUUUGACCCCAACGAGGUCCCUGCCUAUGCCAAGGUCCCUGACACCUCUGCAGUGUUUGACUCCGCUGAGGUUCCUGCAUAUGACAUAGCUGCCAAGUAUGACAUGGUUGCAACGAAUGCCAAGGUUUCUGAAGAGAUCUUUGACCCUGCGGAUCUCUACGGUGGCUCCAGCGAUGGUCGCAACAGUUUCACUUUUUCCUUGAAUGUCGUGGUCAAGACCCACGAUGCACUGAUGGCACUUCGAACUCCAGUUCUGUCACUUGCAGCCCGAGUUGCAGACCUCACGACACGUGCACUUGAAGACCAAAGACCUUCGACCUUGACUCCACCAAGAUUCCCGAGGAGACCUACGGCAUCCCCUGGAGGAUAUGAUGAUGAUCAAUGGAGUUUGGUUCGAGGUGGUGCUUCACCGUCACUAUCGAGUGAGGGUGCAAAGUCCUCAGCUCAGGGCAAACGAAUGGUUGCAAAAAUUGUCCACAGCAAUGAGGCGACUGCAUUUCUCUAUGGCGUGAAGAUCAACCCCUAUGAUGAUCUUCCACCUUUUCCAGAUCUGGCUGACGCCGACAUGUCAGUCAUGCAGCCGCUGCCACAAGACAUGGAUGUUUUUGCUGAAGGACCUUUUGCUGGUAGAUCGUUUUGUGAGAUUGCCUCCUAUGCCGCUCCUGAGUAUGUCAGCUACACCUGCCAGGUGAUGCACAUGGCCCUGAACAACAAGCCAAUGGCCCCAGAGAUCUACAGGUUUGCGGCGUACCUCUAUGCACGCCUGAAGCUGGUCAACCUUGCCUCCAUGCGGCUCUUAAAGUCCACUGACUUGGAACCAGCUCAACUUCUUGGAAAGCGAACACAAGAUCCUGGCCAGAUGGAAACAACAAGGAAUCUUCAGAUCCCUCUCCAGCACGAUCCCCAAGAUCUUCAGAACAUCGCCAUCCACUAUUGCGAUGUCAUGAUGGUCGAAUCGACCGAUGCCACCAAGCCCAAGGACCACCCGACCAUGCAAGAACUUCAAGCAGUUGAGGAUGAAAAUGGACUUGGACUUGAUGAUGCUCCUCAACUAGAUGAUCCUGGUGUCAGCAUCAACUAUGCUCUCACUGACUCGGACUUGCCUGGACUUGCAAUCCUUGACAGUGGCUGCACCAGGACUAUGCAUGGAUCAGAAUGGGCAACCUCCUUCGAGCAAGCUCUUACGGGGUUUGGACUUGUGCCCCUCAAGAAGGAGAAGCUCCAGCGUUUUCGCGGAGUUGGUGGCGAGACAAUUUCCAAGGUGGUGAAGGUUUUUCCUGUGGGAAUCGGCCAGUCACAUGGAGAACUUCACUCAGCAGAAACACCUGGAUCCACGCCUCUGCUCCUCUCGAGGCCCUUCAUGCAACAGCUUGGGACGAUCAUUGACUUGUCCAAGAACAAAGUGUCCUUCAAGGCCCUGGACGUUGUGGAUUUGCCUUUGAUUAGAACAUCCAGGGGUCACAUGGCAGUUAGCCUUUUGGACUUUGGCGACUGCACCGACUUGGAUUUUCGUCGGUUCAAGAAGGAUGACAAGGUCAACGACGAGACAGCUUUGGUCUCCGAUGACAUCGGUCAUGGCGACACCUACAUCGAUGGGUAUGGGUACACACUCAUGGACGAGUUGGACUUGCUUCGUCCUCAGCCUGACUGGCAUCCGGAUGAUGAGAAGAUCCACGAGGGCAUGGUGUGCGAGGAUGAUGACCGCUUUUGGUCACUGGUCGCUGAAGGUGGUUUUGCAGUCCGAUCCACCACCAACAAGAAGAGCAAGAAGCUCGAGACCAUGAACAAGCUGCUGGACUCUGAUGAUCUCAUGAAGUCCAGGUGCAUUGCCAAAACGACGUCGAAGAGAAGGAUGAGCUUGACCGGGACGUUGACCGCCCAGACCAAGCACUACCUGUUCAACCUCCACAAUUUCCUCAAGUUCCUCUUGGUGCCCAAGUUCCACGACUUGACACAGGUCUUCACUGGACCCUAUGUUGUGGAUGAGCCACCAUGGAAUGACUACUGCCCUGGACUUGAGGCGACCAUUCAACGACUUCGUCUUAAUGGACUUCAAGACGAUGACGAUGCCAUGGACAUUGACGAGGACACCUUCGAAGAGCAGUUCGCUCCUCACAUGGCUUUCAUGACUGGAAAAGCUGUGCGCUCCGAGAUCAACCUGAAGAACCUGAGCGAGAAGGAUUUGUCCCUCUUUCAGGCGUCGAUGCAAAAGGAAUGGUUGUCAUGGCAGAAGUUUCAAGCAGUGCAAGAGCUGUCUGAGGAAGAAGUCAAAGCCCUUCCUGGCGACACCAAGAUCGUUGGCACUCGCUGGGUCCACACGGACAAGAACAGUAAACCAAGGCUGAUAGCCUACCACAUGGCCAAGAAGACCGGCAAAACCAAAGAGCAAGUGGACAAAGAAUACCCUUUUGAAGCAAAAUCAAGACUGGUAGUUCAAGGAUGCCAAGAAGACGAGACCAACAUACGGUCUGACUCACCAACUUGCUCCUUGCUCGCCUUCAACCUGGUCUGCACUUUGGCAACUUUGUUUCAUUGGGUGAUUGCCGCUUUUGAUGCCAGCACUGCCUAUUUGCAAAGCAGUGGAAUCAACAGACUUUUGAUCCUGCGCUGCCCAAGACCUCCACCUCCUGGCGUUCAUCCCAUGACCCUUUUCCGGGCUCGUGGCAGCAUAUACGGGACAAAAGAUGCGGGCAGAAGCUGGUGGAUAAAACUUUUGCGUGAUGCCACCGACUGCGGAUGGAUAGCAUUCAAACUUGAGAUGGCCCUCUUCUACCUCUACGACGGAGGAGUUCUUGUUGGUGUUAUGGCGAGCCACGUUGAUGAUUUGAUCACAUGUGGCGAUGGAGAAAAGUCUAUGAAAGAACUCACCAACAGGUUGCAUCUCAAGAAGAAGUCUGGUGAAUUUCGUUUUUGUGGCAAGAACCUCGUGCAGUCCGAGGACAAGUCCAUCUCCCUUGAGCAGGUGGAUGCUAUUGAGGGUUUAGAGUACCAGGUCUUGGACAAGCACCGCAGAAAGUUUCCAAACCUGCCACUGACAGAGCAGGAGAAAAGUGAUUUCCGAGCCUUGAUCGGAAGUGCUGGAUGGGUGGUUCGACAGACCCGACCAGACGUCAUGGUCAAUGUCAGUAUUGCCAGCCAGAGUAUUGGCAAUCCCACCAUCCGAGAUGUGAUCGAGUUGAACAAAGCGGUGAAGAUGUUGAAAGAUAGCGCGGAUGCAAAAUGGUGUUUCAAAGCCUCUGGAAUUACACUUGACAACUGCGUGGUUUUCAUGUGCGCAGACUCCAGUUUCGCAAACACUGAAGGGUUUAAAUCACAGUGCGGCUACAUCAUUGGCCUUACGUUGCCCUCCAUCACUGAAGGCGAAGAUACGCCGAUCAUUGUGAUUGAGGCCAACUCUUCCUCUAUCAAGAGGGUAUGCCGUAGCACCUUAGCUGCUGAGGCCAACGCCUACCUUGCAGGCGCUGAAGCUGCUGUGUACCUCGCCUCCAUUCUGCGAGAGAUCCAAAACCCUGGAAUUCCGCUCAGAACCUUGGAAGCUGAAUUUGCCUUGAAGCCUGUCAUCGGCUUCACCGAUGCAAAGAGUUUGGAGAGUACGAUAGUGAAAGAUGCUGGACAGCCGUCCGACAAACGUGUGAAGAUUCUUGUUGCCCAAGUACGUGAAAUGAUGGAAGGAGAAUGUGCCACCCACUGGCUUGAUACAAGCCAAAUGCUUGCAGAUGUCCUGACCAAGCUGGGUUGCGAAAGAGAACUUUUGCUGCGAGCUUUAGCUGAUGGAUUCUGGAAGAUAGCCCCGAGUGAAGAAGCGCUGGAAAGAAAGAUGAAUAUCAGAGCGGGGCGACAGCAACGGAAGAAACAGCAGAAGCAGCAAUUAAGCAAUGGCAGCGGGACCGUUCCACCUGAGGAAGAGGUGCGCGUGCUCAGCAAGUUUCGCCAUCCCAAUUUGGUGAUCCUCAUGGGAUUCGCCAAGAACGGCCCGGAGCGACUCUUGGUCUACGAACUCCUCGGGGGGGGCGACGUCUUCCAUCGCUUGCAGAAAUGCGCCACCGAGAAUGUGCCCUUCCCCUGGAAGCUUCGCAUCAGUGCGGCCUACGACGCAUCUUGUGGUCUGUCGCACCUGCACAACUCGACACCCAAGGUCUUUCAUCGAGACAUCAAGUGCCCGAACAUCCUGCUGGAUCGCAAUGGGACAGCAAAAAUGGCCGACUUCGGACUUGCUUGCUGUUCACAUGCCAAAGAGACGAAAGUCCAGCAGGCUGCUGGCACAGUGGGUUACGCUUGUCCCCACUAUGUCAGCAACUCUGUGGUGACUGAACGCAGCGAGGUCUACAGUUUCGGCAUCGUCCUCUUGGAGUUGUUAACUGCUCGCCCACCGGCCUCCAAGUUUCAGGCGCCCGAUGGCAGCGAUCAGUACGAGUUCCUGGUGACCGCCUUGGGCUACAACGUGCGCACAGCCGUGCAGGCGCUGGACAAGAAGGCCAUGGAUCUGGCCGGGUUUCCAUACGAAGUGGCGUUGAACUUUGCCCAUCUCGGGCUCAAAUGCACGGAGUAUCAAGAGGAACAUCGGCCCUUCUUCUCAGAGGUGGUGGCGCGACUGCGGGAAUUGCGUGACAUCCAAGUAGAGGCUUCCCCUGUCCUACCUCCACCGCCAGAACCUGAUGUGCCGCCCCCUCCACCCCAACCGAGUCGCGGCCACCAGGGCUAUACCAGCCGGGGUCACCAGGGCGGCCCACAGGGCCCACAGGGCUAUCAACAAACAGCUGCAGUACAGGCGUUGCAUGCCCAGAUGCUGCAACAACAACAGCUUCAACAACUUCAACAGCAACAGAUGAUGCAAAGUGCCCAGAUGGCCCAGAUGCAACGAGCUCAAGUUGCCAACCAAGCUACGGCUUCAGCUCCCUUCAGGGUGCCACAAAUGGGUUUGACCCAAGCCCAAGAGGACGAGUUGCGGCUGCAGUACCUCACGGGCCAACCAGUGCAACCCUUGCGGCAAGUCUCAGUGCCUAUGCCGGAAUUGGAGAGAUACAACUCAGGUGGCCAGCUUGGCCAGCUCGCUCCGGCAUAUGGAGGCUCGCUGUUGGCGCGUCGGGGUGCACCGCACGUACGCCAUCCAAAGAAGUUGGCGUGGACAUUGGAGUGCGUCAUGGCACAGGGGGAGAAGUUAGUGAUGUUGUCCAAGGAUCAAAAGACUCUAAUACAGCGGCGGGAAGACAACAAGUCAGUGCCCACCCAGCGCUUUGGGCGUAUUUUUCAGAGGGAAUUUCUGAAAUCUUUGCUGCCCGACUUCCUCUUCGAUCAAGUCUCACGGGAGCAUUUCCAGAUUUGGGCUUUGGAAUGGCCAGCAUUGUCCGAUGAUGGUCAGACACCUCACUCCUUUCGCCUGACCAACUAUGCCACCGUGGGAACAUCCGUGGAUGAUUUGGUGCUCGAUGAACGUGGACAGAGCGCAAAGCUGCACCAUGGUAGCAAGAUUGGCUUGCUGCGCCGUGUGAUCGUUGAUGGGAAGGAGGAAGCAACGCCUUUCUUGGAGUUUUACUUCAGCCUGGAGCAGUCGGGCUUGACAGAUGCCGACGUGGUCUAUGAGUCCUUUCUGACCUUCUGCGAACCCAUCCUGAAGAGGAGCGCAAACUGCUGGAGACCAGUUAUGACCAGUUCAGUGGAAGGUUCACUGUGCUUUCCAUUGGAACUUGAAAUGAAACUUGCCAGCAUUUUUUGA